AUGGAUCCGUUGGGCCCGUUUUCGACGUUCACAUCCGGAAAUAAGUGGAUUGUCAUGUCGACGGAAUAUCUCAUCCGCUUCGCUGAAACUAAAGUAAUACUGAAAGGCCGCGCAGCUGAAGUGCCGAAUUUUAUCGUCGAGAACAUCCUGCUGCGACAUGGUACCCCAGAAGUCAUCACCGACACAGGAACGGCCUUUACAGCAGAGCUCACCCAAGCUAUCAUCGCAAUACAGCCAGACAAGCCAGAGGAGGACAACUGCCUACCACCCGCAGACGAAUGUUUCACGAAGCACCUGACCAAGACCCUCGCCUUCAUGAUAGCAAUGUGCGUCGACGUCGAGCACAAGACAUGGUACGCGCACAUGCGGUACGUAACCUUUGCGCACAAGACGGCGGUGAAAGAAACAACCCAGAUCACGCUGUUGAAGCUGGUCUACGGAAGGAACCCGAUGACGAUGCGCGACGCCAUGCUGCCACACGUCACUGAUGAAGAGUAUCUUGACGUCGCUACCUAUCUCCAGCGCGGCAAAGCAGCCCGAUAG